CACAAAAUGCUAGGAAAGAUAAAAGGAAUGACAACUAACUACAAACACUGUUUUGAAAUUGUCAGAGACAAAAUCCCAAAUGCCACACGACAGAGAAUACCUCUAAUCUCUAGCAUACACAGAGAAUAGAACGGCUUCUGUUUCUAUGUAAUCUCCUGCAGAACCUACCUUACGCAUGAUCAUGGCUGUCAUGAUGCUUCAGACGCGUCUUUCUCUGCACCUUUUCUUUGCGUUUCUCAUUUCUGCGCUUCCUCUCUCCCAAUGUCAAUACGGUUCUCCUCAAAAUAUCGAGACUUUCUAUCCUUUUGAAGCUCCAUCUCCAUCUCCGGCCCCAGCACCCGCCCACCCUACGCCGACAUCGCCAUGGGGAGUCUCACCGCAAACGGCACCGAAGUCAUCGACAAAUAAUAAGAUUGUAAUAGCAGUAGCCGGUACCGCAGUAAGCACUCUGGUUCUUUCGGGGUUACUCUUCUUUUUGAUCCGCAGGUGCGUUGCUGCGAGACGCGGAAGAGAGAAAGAUCUUACUGCUUCCAACGAAGAUCGACCUGCAGGGCAGCGCAAUGAGUCUCCGAGGUUUGAUGGGGAUCUUAACGGGUUCGUUGUUGAUGAAAAUGGUUUGGAUGUGCUUUAUUGGAAGGAAAUUGAAGGGGAAAGCUCCACGAAGAAUCUGCGUAAAGGGGAAUUAUCUAAUUCAAAAAAGGAAGAAGAAGAAGAGAAGAAAGAACUAAAGCAAGAUUCAGGGACGUCUGAGCCUAUGCAAGAAGUCCCUCUGCUCCGAGGGAAGUCUUCAACUUCUCACAUUAAAGUUGUACCAGAAGAGGAUAAUAACCCGAAUCCUGAGGAGCCAAAACCACCGCCUCCGCCUCCACCGCCACCUGUAUCGUCUUUUUUGGCAAUUUCUAGGGCUGCACCGCCUCCCCCACCACCAAUUCCGGGUAAGAAAACUACCACAACACCACCACCUAAGGCAGGUAGUUUGAACUCAUCAUCAAAACAGCCCCCGGCGCCACCAAAAGGGAUGCCAAGUGACAAUAAACCAGGAGACCCUUCGUCUGGAACCGUAAAAAUGAAGCCACUGCAUUGGGAUAAGGUCAAUACUAAUACAAAUCAUUCCAUGGUGUGGGACAAAAUCGAUCGUGGUUCUUUUAGGUUUGAUGGGGAUCUCAUGGAACACCUCUUCGGCUAUGUUGCCACCAACCGAUUGUCUCCUCAAAGAAACAAUAACUCAAUGGAUCGAGGCAAUCCCAAUUCUGAUUUACCAGCACAGAUAUUUAUCCUCGAACCUCGAAGAUCACAGAACAUUGCGAUUGUUCUAAAAUCUCUGGCGAUCUCUCUGGAAGGAAUCCUUGAUGCAGUCACUGAAGGCCAAGGCCUUGAUGCAGAUACCCUUGAAAAGCUGACCAGAGCUGCCCCAACCGACGAAGAACAGUCCCAGAUCCUAAAAUAUGAUGGAGACCCCACAAGACUAGCUAAUGCUGAAUCCUUCCUCUACCACCUCCUGAAAGCUGUUCCAUCAGCUUUUACUCAUCUCAAUGCCAUGCUUUUCAGAUUGAAUUAUGACUCGGAGAUUCUUCAGCUUAAGGAAACUAUACAAACGCUAGAAUUAGGCUGCAACGAGCUUAGAACGCGAGGGCUGUUUAUGAAACUGUUGGAAGCAAUCCUGAAGGCUGGCAAUCGCAUGAAUGCGGGUACUGCCCGUGGGAAUGCUCAAGCCUUCAAUCUUAAUGCUCUUAGAAAGCUCUCUGAUGUUAAAAGUACCGAUGGAAAGACCACCUUACUCCAUUUUGUUGUGGAAGAAGUAGUUCGGUCCGAGGGAAAAAAGUGUGUUAUGAACAGGAACCAUAGCUUGAAGCGCAGCAGCAGCCGUAGCAGCAACAGCAGCUCUAAUCAUGACAGUUCAAAAGCAAAGGAAGAAAGAGACAAGGAAUAUAAAAUGCUUGGAUUACCAAUUGUGGGAGGCCUCAGUGCUGAGUUCUCUAAUGUAAAGAAAGCAGCCACUAUUGAUUAUGACACCUUCGCGGGCAUGAUCUCAGCUUUGACAGCCCGUGCAGCAGAAAUUCGAGCACUUGUGUCUCAAUGUGCCAAUGAUAGAGGAGGGUUUGCGAGAGAGAUGAAAGUUUUUCUUGAAGAAGCGGAAGAAGAACUAAAGGUAUUGGGAGAGGAAGAAACAAGGGUAAUGGAGCUUGUCAAGACAACGACAGAAUAUUAUCAAGCAGGAGCUUCAAAGGACAAGGGAGCAUUCCCACUUCAACUAUUUGUUAUAGUAAAAGAUUUUCUUGGGAUGGUUGAUCAGGCCUGUGUUGAAAUUGCACGAACCCUACAGAGGCAGAAGACAUCGACAGCAACAGCAUUGGGAUCAACAUCACCAAAGUCGCCGCCUUUAAAGACCGCCGUGAGGUUCCCUAACUUGCCCGAAUAUUUCAUGUCGGAUAAGUCAAGGAGUAGUUCUAGUGAAUCAGAUGAUUUGUGAAUUAGGUACUUUAUCAUGCAAGAUUGUUCGAUAGGAAAAGUAGAAGAAUUGUGUUCACUGUAGAUAUGCUACACAGGAUUUAAAUUGUGAA